AUGAGGCUGUGGCAGUGGGUGCCCAUAUGUGUAUGGAUGUGGAUGGUGUUGGAGACUGUAGAAACAGCACCCAGAUGGCAUGACAGCAAGGCCUCAGCACCAGGUGAAGGCUCUCAGGUCUUCAUAGACAGGCCUGACUUCUUUAAUUACCCAGACUCAGACCAAGCCAGCCUUCUUGCUGUGGCCCAGUUUAUUGGAGAGAAACCUGUGACUUUUGUUAAGACAGGUUCCAGCCCAGGGCUCUUCCAGGACAUCCUGGUGGGAGUCUUGGUGAUGGCUUUCUUCUUCCUCCUUUUCCAGUUCUGUGUCCACAUGAGCUUCCAGAAAGGGGCCUAA